CGCUGUCACAGUGGGACAGUGAUGUGUGUGACAACGGAAAAACACUUGCCGUCAUUUUUUUUUUUUAAUUUAGCUUCACUGCGGACAUUUCCUUUAUGUUAUAAAAGUAGUUUGCUUUAUCAGUCAUCUUGUUUCUGACAUAGUUUUAAAAAAAAACCAUCGUUUCAUCAUCUCAUCAUGGCCCCGCUUGAAGUUAUUGGCGCAGGAUUUGGCCGUACAGGCACCAACAGUUUGCGUGAAGCAUUAAACAUCUUGGGGUAGGUACCGAUACCUAGGUCACACUCUGUAGCUUAUGCUUCAGCGGUUCUAACUGGAAUCCUUAAACAGUUACAGUACACACCAUAUGGUGUGUUUUAUGCAAAACCCUACUCUUGAUGCUUCCAUCUUCAAGAAUGCGUAUCUGAAUAGGGAUCAGCCCGUUGACUGGGAUCGUGCUUAUGAUGGUUUUACAGCCGCGGUAGACUGGCCAACUUGUGCUUUCUACAAGGAGCUGAUGGUCAAGUACCCCGAUGCAAAGAUCUUGCUGACCGAACGAGACGCUGACAGCUGGUAUAAAUCUGUCAAAAACACAAUUUAUCAACGUGCUCGCGAAUCUAUGGAGAAUCACGAUUACCCACCGAAUCUCGCCCAAAUGGGAGAUAUGGCGCGCACCGUUGUGCUGGAUGGUGCUUUCAAUGACCCUGAACUCUUUGCCAAUGAAGAAGAAAUGAAACGUCGUUUCCUAGAACAUAACGCAGAGGUCAAACGUACCGUUCCCGCCGAUCGAUUACUGGUGAUCCAGCUGGGUGAAGGCUGGAACCGACUUUGCGAGUUUUUAGGUAAACCAGUGCCCAAUGUGCCUUAUCCAAACACCAAUUCUACCGAGAACUUCCACGACUUGGUCACCUCCAUGCAGAAAAAAGAAAUAGCUGUCAGCCAUUAAAUUUCCAGGGAAAUGACUCUUUUUU